AUGUUGGAAUACAUUGGUGAGCCCUACGAAGAGAAACGCGUUCUACACACCGAGAGUGAACAGUGGUUUACCAAUAAAUACAAUCUUGGUUUCGACUUUCCAAAUCUGCCAUACCUAAUUGAUGGAGACACGAGGAUCACCCAAUCCCAUGUGAUCACAAUGUACCUCGGGAAGAAACAUGGACUCGCUGGAAAUGGCGACAGUGAUCUCAUCAAAAUCGCCAUGGCUGAGGGUGCCAUUAAAGAUGUUCGCGCGGGAAUCUCCAAGAUUGCUCUCAAUCCUGAUUAUGAAAAACUCCGACCCGGAUUCAUGCCUACAUUCUGUAAAGGACUCGAAGUCCUCUCAAAAUUCCUCGGUGAUAAGAAAUACCUCAUUGGCGAUAAGCUCUGUUACGCUGACUUCGUCUUGUACGAAAAUUUGGAUGUCUUCGAGAUCUUUGAGCCGGGAUGCUUGGAUAAGUUCCCAAAUUUAAAACAAUUUAAGAUGAACUUUGAGUCACUGCCCAAAAUUAAGGCCUAUUUGCAGUCGGAA